AUGGAUGCUGAAGCGUCAGAACUCUCUGGUUGGUACAGGCGGCAGCACCUCGUCCGCCGCGCCGACCUCUUCCUCCGUCGUGUCCACGUCGUCGGUCGCCCCACGACAUCAUCGGCAGAGCCCACGACUUCCUCGAACCCACCCACCUCUACCAGUGAACAACCUUUGACAUCAACUAUCCCUACAUCCUCGGAGGCCCCUACUACUAGCCAGGCCCCUACCACGUCUUCACAAGCCGCUCCUACCAGCGAAUCCGCCACCUCAUCAGAAGCCCCAACCUCGUCUGCCACCUCGCCUGUUGCCGAGAGCACUAGCUCUGCAGCCCCCUCGUCGUCUGCUGCAGGCUCCUCUGCUAGCCAGACAGCUGCUGCUUCAUCUAAAGGUACCUCUUCGGGCUCUUCCGCUGCCUCAUCCGGUGAAUCCUCUGCUUCGGGCACAAAGACAUCGUCUACCAAGUCGUCUAAGACAACGUCCUCUGAGAUUGUCGUCAUCGGUUCUGGAACCGCGGCCACGACCAUCAACCGUUCGACCGUGAGCAAGGCUACCACCAUCACCUCUGCACUGGUUUCCUCGUCGACUCGCCGCUACACAACUACUAUUGUUACAGUCACUGGCGGCAGCACUCUUACCACUGCUGUCCCUACCGAGGAGGUUGUUGCGUCCACCACUGGCUACGCAACUGCAACCAUCUCACCUUCGCUGAACGACAACGGCAGCAGCGGUAGCAGUGGAGGUGGUCUUACUCCUUCUAGCAAGAAGAUCAUCGGAGGCGUUGUUGGAGGUAUUGGCGGUGCCAUUCUGCUCGGUGGUCUUGCUCUCGUUGCCUGGCGCAUGUGGGGACGCCGCCGUGCAAAUGGCCCCAGAAUGGACGACGACGAUUACACUGGUCCUCAGCCACACGAAAGCCUCAUGACUGAGAAGGAUGAGCCUCCGCUAGCCCGCUACCAGGGUGGUGGUGGCCAGAUCAACACGGCAUCCAAUUUCUAA